AUGCGCUCCUCUCCUUCUCUUCUGGCAAAAGCCGCCCGCCGCUCAGCGCGGACGAUGAUGCCGGAGGUCAAUGUGCUCCCGCCGAUUCCUCUCUACCGUCGCAUACUCCGAGCCCACCGCCGGUUACCUACAGAGCAUCGCUUUCUAGGCGAUCAGUACGUGAAGAGCGAGUUCCGGCUCCAUAGAGAUACCGAGAAUCCGCUUCAUAUUAUUGGAUUUUUGAGUAGCUGGCAACAAUAUGUUGAGCAGAUUGAGGGCAAUAAGUGGAAGGACGCCAAAAUUGAUAUGCAGAAGCUGGAGAAGAUGUCGGACCAGCAAAUCAUUCAGUUCUACGAGCUUAUGCAAUCAGCCCAGGGAAUGGAGUCCGAGUACAGUUCUCAUUUUGUGGACGUCAAAUCGGAAAAGCCUGAUGAGUCGAAAUAGAGGAAAUCGAUUAUGAUUGUAAGGUGGGGUAAUGUAAUAUAACUGAUUGAUGGAUGUUUCGUGUAUAUACAAUGGGUUA